AUGGUUCGAUUAUUUGACAUACUAGGAGCACUGCUAGUAGCUGAGUUAAUGGGAUUGGCUAAUGCCAAGCAGUCAUAUCAAGUCGUCGAGUUUGGAAAUGUUGGUUUUUCCGGAACUUACAAGAACGUUAAAAAGAUUUCAAAUGAAGACAAAGAUAGUUGUACUUGUAACUUAGGAGAUGAGAUUUGGUUCAGUGGUGAGAAUGCACCUCUUAAUGAAGGUGUUUCUGUGCACUUCAGAGGUCCUCUCUCGCUUUCUAAAUUUGCUUUUUACACAUCUCCUUCUUUUGAUAUCAAUGAUUCGUCAUCAUCACAGUCGUGGAACAGGACUGCAUAUUAUGACGCUUCCAAUAAAACUGCUAAUAAUGUCACUUUCUUAACUAAUGCUGGCGAUAAUUCUUCAUGUUUGGGUAAGGCUUUAACGUAUGCAGAUUCUACUGGUACCGGGAAAGCGAGCGACGCCACUAUAUUGGGAUCUGAUAACCUUUUAAAAUCGGAUGAAGAAUUCAGCAUCUUCUCAGAAGUUAAAUGUCCAAAGUCUGGUUAUAAUAAAGCUUGCGGUGUAUAUCGUUCCGGAAUUCCUGCCUAUCAUGGAUUUGAUGGUGAGACGAAGAUGUUCCUAUUUGAAUUUACUAUGCCAACGGCUUCUGAAAAGAACAGUUCCUCUAUUGAAUAUUACGACAUGCCAGCUAUAUGGCUACUGAAUGACCAUAUUCCUAGAACAUCACAAUAUCCUACGAAUCCAAACUGUUCGUGUUGGAAUACUGGCUGUGGUGAAUUUGAUAUUUUUGAAGUCAUGAAUGGCACAGAGAGAAACAACCUAUAUUCUACUUUCCACACUUUCCAGGGUAUUGAAUAUUUAGGUUAUGGGAUCCAAGCGGAUGGAUAUAUUCCAAGAGAUACAGAGGGGACUAUGAAGGGUGGUGUUUUGUUUGAUUCUAAGGGUAACACUGUCGUGUUUAUGUCUAAUGACACUACUUUUGACACUGAAGUCGAUUACAAUACCAUUCAAAAACUGACCUCCGUAUCUAAGAAUGAGAAAUAUGAUACCAAUUUAGCAACUAUUUCUGCUACAGCACCAACUUCAACCUCAAAAUCUGGUGCCGCGAUAUUGAUCCCUCAAUUAUCGGGUACUUUCCAAGCAUUGCUGAUGUCAGCGAUACUCUCAACUAUCAACUUCAUAUUUUAA